UAGGAGACAAUGACACUGACGGGAUAUAAGCAGAUAAGCGAGAGUGCUUCGAGAAUGGUGCCCAAACAAAGUCUGCCACUGUAGCUUUAAAGUCCAACCAAUAUAAAUCGAUGUCGUGACGAAGGAUGGAGUUCAAACCCCGCCGCGUUGUUUGUUGGCUCGUAAUCACCAUACUGGUGGCCCUCUUGCUAUGGUACCAGACAGGAACCCAAGCUAACUCCACCCACGAGCACAUAAACAAAGGUCGAUUGUCGCGUGUCUCAUCAAAAGUGCCUCAGGAUGUCCCACUAGCCAGGCGCAAGGUCUACGACCAAGUAGAGACAUUUCUCAUCUUUAUCGGUUACCCCCGUAGCGGCCACACCCUAGUGGGUUCCCUGAUAGACGCGCACCCCAACGCCAUCAUCGCCAACGAGCUCGACAUCAUCGGGAGCUGGCUCGAGUGGAAUGAGGACCAUAGAAACAAGUAUUUCUUGUUUGACCAGUUAUACAAGAAUUCCCAUGAGCAAACCUUGAAGGGGUUUCGCUCGUCGUCCGUUAAACAUCGGUUUAAUUAUUCCGUCCGUGGUCAAUGGCAGGGAAGGUUUGACAGAACAAUCAAGGUGAUCGGGGACAAGAAAGGUGGAGGCAUGACUGCGAGACUGACCAAUCAGAAACAAGCACCAAUCUUGGCCCGCAUCAAAAACAAAAUCAAGGUCAAGUUCAAAUUCAUUCAUGUUGUGCGUAACCCUUUCGACAACAUCGCAACCAUGACAACAAGGGAUAAAGACAAGACCAGUUUUAAGAGCCAGGGAAAACUGAACGACACAGACGCGCUUGAGCAACAGAUUUUCAAAUACUUCGUGCUAGCGGCGGGCAAUCAGAGACUCAUUCAAAGGCGACGUAAGAAUGUUCUAGAGAUUCACAGCAAGGAUAUGAUCAGCAAGCCACGUGACACGCUUCGCCGCAUAUGUAAACUCCUCGACUUGACUUGCAGCAAGCAAUAUCUGUAUGACUGCGCGAGUAUCGUGUACAAAGAACCUUCAAAGACGCGUUUUAGAGUGGUGUGGACGGACAAACAAAAGCAGAGAACGCUCAAGGCCAUGCGGAGGUUCGCCUUUUUGAAAGGAUACACGUUUGAUUCGCUAUAGCGCGUUAUAGGGGCGUGAUAAAAAUAUAAUACCUACUCAAGCACUGGAUCGUUGGCGUUGUGGACAGUAUAAAGAAAGGGGGAGAGAGUAGGGUAGCCGGUCUAACUGUGGUAUUUCGCUUAACAUACCCAGGAGUAAUCCCAAGCAUAUUCUUAUCACUAGAGGCGUAAAGACUUUUUAAUAACAAAACAUCGAUUAAAUAUUUUCUUGGCUGUCGA